UUUGGUGAUUGGGGGGCUGUGCACGUGGUGUUAGGCAUCAAAAGCUGGAAAAACGAACAACGCUGGACAGUUGAAGUCAAAUUCUCGACAGUACAGUAUAUCGCGAAUCUUUUCUUUUUCACAUCUUUCAUACUUGGUCAAGAUUUCCUGAACCGCGCAGACUACCGAGAGAGCCAUCUUCCGCACCUCGCAUUUUCCGCACCGCGGCAAGGAAGAUAGCCGGACAGACAAAGCGUAGUUUCCAUCAUUCCUCUGGAUAUUAUCCAGCUUAACGACGACAAUGUCGGGCUUGGGAGUGGUUGGUGCAACUUUGAACACCAUUACAUUUGUUUUCGACGUUGCUGAUUGUGUAAAGCAGGUUAUACCAAAGGACGAGGAGUUACUUCGACCCUCGGGAGAUGAUGUCGGCGGCUCAGCCGCUGAAAACCCAAGUGCCUCGGGUGUUGGCACAAGAGGAUACCCGUACCGACCACUUCUGUCCGAAAAUCAAAUCCGCCUCCUUCUCCUCGAGCCACUCGCCCCAGGCCCAACCCAGGAUUCUCAACCUAUCUGUGCCACCCUACACCAUGUCGAGUUCGAUUCAGAAAGCUUGAGUACUCGACCAUACAAAGCCCUGUCAUAUGAAUGGGAAGUCCGCAAAUACCAAUUUGGUAAGGAUUAUUAUUAUCCCUUCUUAAUGAUAGAUGAGUACGAAGAGAGUAUCCGAAAAGAACCAAAAAACGUUAACCCGGCCAUCCUUCUUGAUGGCCAUACCGUUCACAUCGGUAAAAACCUUUACCACGCACUCAAGAGCAUAAGACAUCUCGAGAACGGGACAGGUGACAAGUCAAGUCUUUGGCUGUGGGUAGACACACUAUGCAUCAACCAAAGCGACAUCCAAGAAAGGGGACAUCAGGUGCGGUUGAUGAAACGCAUUUACGAAACUGCGGAGAUGGUUCUUAUGUGGUUAGGAAGAGGAAAUACGUUGACCCGUAUGGGGAUGGUGGCAAUGAAUAUGGAACCGGAUGAUUUCGAAAAGCUUGUCGCCAGAGAAGGAUUGAUCUGGGGUGAGCUAGAGGGGAUCCGUAGGAUUUGCGAUAUGGGCUAUUGGCGGCGAGUGUGGAUUUUGCAGGAAGUCGUUUUGGCGAGGGACUACCUGGUUAUCUGCAAUCAAGACUUCAUAUCGAUGGAGAAAUUUGAAAGAGCGCUGAGAGUUCUGUGUCAGCACGCCUUGAAUUGGAGAGGGUUUUUAAGGGGCUUGAUCAAUCGGCUACCGAAGACUCCAGCACAAGAGAUUAUAACGUGGAGGAAUACAAAGGGCACAACGUCACCACUCAUUGAAUGGUUAAAAAUAUGUGUGAGGUGCGGCUUUGAGUCAACGGAUCAAAGGGAUUAUGUUUAUGCGCUCUUGGGGAUCUCGGAUGACUGCAAAGGCAAGAUUGAGCCGAAUUAUUCGAGAUCAGCCGAGGAGGUAUAUUCUUCGGCCAUUGCACUGAUUGAGGACAAGGCUAAAGGUUAUAAUGCAAUUUUCUGUACAAAUCUUGCAGAGUUUAUGGGUUUGGACAAAUGGGAAGCCACUCGCGAAGUGUGAAAAGAAGUUCUCGCAGCCAGAACGGAGCUUGUCCUGCCUUGCCUGCGCAGGUAACAAGGUAGCUAAGUGCCACAGCCAAACCGUUGGCGCUCGUUACUCGACAAGAGUCGAAUAUUUCGGAAAGUGCGAUCAGUUUACUGGUGUCGGUGGUUCAACACUUGAACCGCACUUCGACUGGUGUUUGCCAACCUGCGAGCCAGCCGGCCAAAGGAGACAUCAACUUUCAAGAUGGGGAAAGAAAUCAGACAGGCCUUUCAAUGGUGAUUCAAGCGAUGAUGGCUGCUUCCUGGAAUAAAUAUUCUGGAAUGGAAAGACUCUGGC